GCCUCUCUCUCCCCCAUUUCAAGUGUGAGUGCUUCACCUUUCCUCCACUUACUACUCUUUGUGAGAGUGAGCCUCUCGCCAUUGUUGCCUCGAUAAGAAGCUUAAUUAGCUCGGAAGCCUUUUCACUUUUCAGCCAUGAGGCUGUCGUCCCUGCUGUUCUUGGUGUGCUUCUUCACUGUCGCCAUGUCGCAAUGCGCGGCGGCGGCGAAGGCGAGGCACUUCAGGUGGGAGGUGAGCAACAUGUUCUGGUCGCCGGACUGCGAGGAGAAGGUGGUGAUCGGCAUCAAUGGCCAGUUCCCCGGGCCGACCAUCCGCGCCAAGGCCGGCGACACCAUCGUCGUCCACCUCAAGAACGGCCUGCACACCGAGGGCGUCGUCAUCCACUGGCACGGCAUCAGACAGAUCGGGACACCAUGGGCGGAUGGCACGGCAUCGAUCUCCCAGUGCGCCAUCAACCCUGAAGAAACCUUCACCUAUCGCUUCGUUGUCGACAAGCCGGGGACGUACUUCUACCACGGCCACUACGGGAUGCAGAGGGCGGCGGGGCUGUACGGGUCGCUGAUCGUGGACGUCGCCGACGGCGACGAGGAGCCGUUCAAGUACGACGGCGAGAUCAACCUGCUGCUCAGCGACUGGUACCACGAGAGCAUCUACACCCAGAUGGUCGGCCUCUCCUCCAACCCCUUCCGAUGGAUCGGCGAGCCGCAGUCAUUGCUGAUCAAUGGGAGGGGCCAGUUCAACUGCUCGCUGGCGGCGGCGCACACGCCGGGCGCCAAGCAGUGCGCCGCCGCCGGCAACCGGCACUGCGCUCCGGUGAUCCUCCCCGUCCUUCCCAACAAAACGUACAGGCUCAGGGUCGCGAGCACCACCUCGCUCGCUUCCCUCAACCUCGCCGUCGGGAAUCACAAGCUGACGGUGGUGGAGGCCGACGGGAACUACGUGGAGCCGUUCGCCGUCGACGACAUCGACAUCUACUCCGGCGACAGCUACUCCGUGCUGCUGACGACGGACCAGGACACGUCGGCGAACUACUGGGUCAGCGUCGGCGUGCGCGGCCGGCAGCCCAGGACGGCGCCAGCGCUGGCCGUGCUCAACUACCGCCCCAACCGCGCGUCCAGGCUGCCGGCGGCGGCGCCGCCGGCCACCCCGGCGUGGGACGACUUCGCGCGCAGCAAGGCGUUCACGUACCGCAUCCUCGGCCGCGCCGGCGUCACGCCGCCGCCGCCGGCGACGUCGGACCGGCGCAUCGAGCUGCUCAACACGCAGAACCGGAUGGGCGGCGGGCACGUGAAGUGGUCGAUCAACAACGUGUCCAUGGUGCUCCCGGCGACGCCGUACCUGGGGUCCCUCAAGAUGGGGCUGAGGUCGGCGCUCCCGUCGGCGGCGAGGCCGUCCGACACGUUCGGGCGCGGGUACGACGUGAUGCGGCCGCCGGCGAACCCGAACACCACGGUGGGCGACAACGUGUACGUGCUCGCGCACAACGCGACGGUGGACGUGGUGCUCCAGAACGCGAACGCGCUGGCGCGGAACGUCAGCGAGGUGCACCCGUGGCACCUCCACGGGCACGACUUCUGGGUGCUGGGCUACGGCGACGGCGCGUUCCGGGGCGACGCCGGCGACGCGGCGGCGCUGAACCUGAGAAACCCGCCGCUGCGGAACACGGCGGUGAUCUUCCCGUACGGGUGGACGGCGAUCCGGUUCGUGGCGGACAACCCCGGGGUGUGGGCGUUCCACUGCCACAUCGAGCCGCACCUCCACAUGGGCAUGGGCGUCAUCUUCGCCGAGGCCGUCGACCGCGUCAGCGAGCUCCCCAAGGCGGCCGUCUCCUGCGGCGCCACCGCCACCGCGCUCAUGGCCGGCGCCGGCGGCCACGUGUGAUCGAUCGUGCGUGCAUUCUCAUGCACGUUGCGCUCUUCUUCUAGUACUAGUUUUGUAACUUUGGUGUUCUUUUUGCUCGUUUUAUCUUAGCCAUUAGCGUGAUUUGCGAUAUGUUGGGUUGGAUUUUGCUUAAGCUUAUAGGAUGAAGAGAGCUAGAUCGCAUGGAGUGUAGUGUCGCUAAUAGUAAUCAGUCUCACUGUUCAUCCAAAAUCAAGCUAAAUGCGAUCAUGACAACCAUUUGCGCGUA